AAGUGGUGAUGACGUAGUUGUUAAGCAUGGCGGCGCAGGUGGAGUUGUGUUGUUUGGAGAGUUUCCCGUCUCACCUGAACCUGCUGGAUGUCCUCCUGCUGAAGCCGCACUGGAACGCACUUUUCUCGGAUAAAACAGACGCGCCGACGGCGGUCUUCACCCCGCACAGGGCCCGGCUCCCGGGAAAAGCCAGGAAGUUAGGGAUUUUACUUUGUGUUUACCCAAGCACGGAGGAGCUGACGGGCUCCGGAGGGGGAGGCGGCCCGGACUCGGACUCCGACAAGAACCACAUCAGACUUUUCACCAGCCGCUUCUUCCUGCGGCACUACGGCCUGCAGCGGCUCGGCGGCGGGGCUCUGCGGCCGCUGCCGCCGGUCAGCCUGGACCGAGUGACGCUGGGAGCCCGCAGCAGGCAGAGCUUCAGGUGGGCCGGGUCGGACCGCUUCUCCAGCGGGCUGCUGGCUCUGUCCUGCCCGGGACAGUGCGUCCUGGCCCGGGAGGGAGACCCGCUGCUGCUGCCGCGACACCCGCUGCUGGGAGAAGACCCGGCGCAGGUGCAGCAGAACCUCCUGGACCUGCAGGUGUUGGGGUGCAGCCCGGUGUCCCAGGGCAGGAUCACGGCUGACACCUCGCUGCUUCUGACCGACUGCUGGGACUCGUGGGAGCCUCCGGGAGGCGGCGCCCCCUGCAGGCAGCUCAGCAGAGUGUUCGUCUCGGAUUUCGCGCACUACGCCGACAGCCUGGGCGUGGGAAGCUCCCUGCUGGACAACAGGAAGCUGCUGGGCUCGGGGCUGUCGGGCGUGCUGCGGGCGCUGGAGUGCAGGGUGGACGUCCGGGUGGUGGACACCCGGCGCUGGCUCGGGGUCGGAGGUCAGCAGGGCGCCGCCGUCGAUGGAGACGGCUGCGUGUUUGUGAGCAAGCAGCUGCUUCUCAGACUGGGACUCUUCAACCGGGAGUGGGUGCUGCUGUCCCGGCCGAGCUGCUCCAGACCCGCCGGCCCGCAGGCGGCCGACGCCCCGGACCGGCCCCGAGCCCGUCCGGCCUCCGUGGUGGUCGUGGAUCUCACAUCGAGCCCGGAGCUGGAGCCCCACCACGAGGUCGGCUUCAUAUCGUCCACGCUCUGGUUCAACCUGACGGAGGGGGAGCCGCUCGCUGUCGGCACCAGCAGCCUGAGGAUCAAGAGGUGGCAGCAGGCCUCGGAGCCCGGCGGCCGGCGCUCAGACUCCUCCUGUCGCUCGGCGGCUCCUCCGUUUGCCGGCCAGCUUCACAUCCAGCCGGUGGUGUCGCCGCUCUGCAGCGCCCCCGGUGGCUGCGACGCGCUGCUGUCCGAGCACUUCAGCUCGCCCAGACUGGUUUCUCAGGGAGACGUUCUGACCGUCCCGGUUGAGAACCAUCCAGACGUCCUGGAGAACAACUCGGAGGGAAUCAACAGGUGCCCAGUGGUUUACUUCAGAGUGCAGAAGGUUUGUGGAUCAGCAGAAGAAAAAGAAGAGGAGGAGGAUGGAGGAUUCUACCUGGCAGACAGACUGCACACGUCACUCUACAUGGGAGCGUCCACCAACAGCGCUGCCCCCUGCUGGUCGGUGGAGGGAGCGUCUCUGUGGAGCAGCCUGACGCCUGCAGGCCUCUGCAGCACCGUCGAGCACAUCAGCAGCAUCAUCCUGCCCUACAUCCAGCACAGCUCGUCUCUGAUUGGCUGCACCGUCCUGCUGCACGGCCCCGCAGGAAGCGGCAAAGUGACGGCGGUCAGCGCCGCCAGCCGCCGCCUCCACCUCCACCUGCUGAAGGUGGACUGUGUGUCUCUGUGCUCAGACUCGCCUGCAGCCUCUGAGGUGAAGCUGACCUCGGCCUUCCUGAAGGCGGAGUCUCUGCGGCCGUGCGUCCUGCUGCUGAGGAACCUGCAGCUGCUGCUGCGGCCUCGGGGGGGCGCCGACGAGGACGGCAGGGUCCAGGCCGCGCUCUGCCACCUGCUCGGCAGCGCCCCCGCCAGCGUGGCGGUGGUGGCGACGGCCUGCAGGCCUCGGGAGCUGUCUGCAGGCGUCAUGGCGGCGUUUGUCCACCAGGUGGCGUUGGAGGGCCCCGGCGAGGAGCAGCGGCGGGCCAUGCUGUCCAGCCUGAGCCGAGACCUUCGCCUGGGGAGGGACGUCGGCCUGGACCGGCUCGCCAAGCUCACCGCGGGUUUUGUGUUGGCUGAUCUCUGUGCUCUGCUGGCUGAGGCUGGCCGAGCGGCCUGCAGGAGGCUGCUGCACACCUGUGUGGGCCUGCAGGAGGAGGACCUGUGCUCCAGCGAGGUGACCAUCCUGAACCAGGACUUCACCUCGGCGCUGGAGGCCCUGCAGGACUCGCAGUCCCAGGCCAUCGGAGCGCCCAAGAUCCCCAGUGUGUCCUGGCAGGACGUUGGAGGCCUCCAGCAGGUGAAGAAGGAGAUCCUCGACACGGUUCAGCUUCCUCUGCAGCGUCCCGAGCUGCUGUCUCUGGGUCUGAACCGGACCGGAGUCCUGCUGUACGGCCCGCCCGGCACCGGCAAGACCCUGCUGGCCAAGGCCGUGGCCACAGAGUGCUCCAUGACCUUCCUCAGUGUUAAAGGUCCAGAGCUCAUCAACAUGUACGUGGGUCAGAGCGAGGAGAACGUCAGAGAAGUUUUCUCCAGAGCGAAGUCGGCGGCUCCGUGCGUCGUCUUCUUCGACGAACUGGACUCUCUGGCGCCCAGCAGGGGGCGCAGUGGAGACUCUGGCGGGGUGAUGGACAGGGUCGUCUCCCAGCUGGUGGCCGAGCUGGACGGGCUUCACUCGUCUGUCGGGGUUUUCGUGAUCGGGGCCACGAACCGUCCCGACCUCCUGGACCAGUCGCUGCUGCGGCCCGGCAGGUUCGAUAAGCUCGUCUACGUCGGCAUCAACGAGGACAGAGGCUCUCAGCUCCAGGUUCUCAAGGCCGUCCUCAGAAAGUUCCAGCUGGACCCCGCGGUGAACCUGGAGGACUUGGUGGAGCGUUGCCCCGCCCACAUGACGGGCGCCGACCUGUACGCUCUCUGCUCCGACGCCAUGACGGCCGCCGUCAAGAGGAAGAUCUCUCUCAUCUCUGAAGGUCUGGACUCGGAGGAUUCUCCGCUCCUCCUCUCCGCUGAGGAUUUCUCCCGAGCGUUGGAGAGCUUCAAGCCGUCGGUGUCGGACCAAGAGCUUCUCAGAUACAAACACAUUCAGCAGAAACUCACAGCCAAGUGACCAGGAACCCCAAACAACAAAAUAAUGACAGUGUCGUCAAGAAGCCUCCAGAUUUCCACCUGAUGAUCCCUUUCCUUUCUAAUUUAAAGCUGAAAAUAAUCCCUGUAAAAUACUGUAAAUCUGCAAAAUGUAAACGAUGUAAACAAUGCUAAUGAGUCUGAAUAACUGAAGCUGCUCCGUUUGUAAACUGUAAAAUUUAGCAAUAAAUACAGCAGUGAUGCUAAACCAAUGAAAAAACAUGAUUUGA